AUGUUCCUGCAUGCCAAGCUGGUGGAGCCGGGAGGCACUGCGCUCCACGAGAAGCCGAGCGGCAUCGAGGAGCCUCCGGGAGCCGAGUUCACGGGCGAGGGGGGCCGCGGGCAAGUGGGGGGCUCGACUCUGGGGCUCGAGGCCGCAUUCAUCAAGAAGCCUCUCCUGGCGGCAAUUGCUCCGUGUUGCGACGGACAGCAGCAACAGCAGCAACAGCAGCAUCAGCAACAACAACAACAGCAGCAGGCGGCCACGCAAGGCGACGCAGCCGGUCGCUAUCCCUCCACGCCGGCUCGUCGCCGUCACCGCACCACCUUCUCGGCCGAGCAGUUGGAGAAGUUGGAGAGCGCGUUCGGGAGGAACCACUACCCGGACAUUUACCACCGGGAGGAGCUCGCUAAGGACACGAAACUCAACGAGGCGCGCAUCCAGGUGUGGUUCCAAAACCGCCGAGCGAAGUUUCGCAAGCAGGAGCGCGCCAUUAAUAAAAUCCUCCCUCCCUGUGCUGGGGUUGUUCCAACAAUCUACCCACACCCGCACCACCAUCACCACUUUGGGGAUUUGUACCUGUGA